GAUCGAACCGGUUCAUUUGAAUUUCACUCCCACUUUGAAGUCUUCACGUCCCUCCAUUAUCUCUCCAAAUUCCCUCUCUCAAUUUCUAGGGUUUUCUUGAGAAUUUUUUGCAACAAUGUCAGCUUCCACAGUAUCCAUCACAGCCAAUCCAGCCUCGGGUUCAGCCCGUCGCCGAGCCGUCGAGAAGAAACAGCCCUCCGAUUUAGCCGAUUCCAACUUAGCGACCGCCGCUGCUGCCGCCGCGGCCGAUCCAAUUUCAACCCCCAACAUUUCCUUCAGAAGCGACGGCCGAGAUGCGAUUCAAGUGGUGAAAAAACCAUUGCCCAAUACAAAUGCUCCCACAUCCUCUACUCGCCGUGCUAGCGGCUCAGCAGCAGCAGCAAAGAAACCCUCGAAACCGCCUAAGCCUAGGUGGUUGACUGUGGUUAGUGUAUUCACUAAGAAUUUGUUGCUGCUGCUUGUUUUAGUUGGUUUAAUUCAGAUGGUCCGUAGACUUGUUAUGAAUUCGAAUAAUGUUAACGACUCUGAUGGUCUCGCUGUAAUUUCUGGGGAUUUUGAGGGAAAAUUCGCUGAAAUGGAGUCGUUUGUUAAGAAAACUACGAAAAUGAUGCAAGUGCAAAUCGAAGUAAUUGAUCGAAAACUCGAUUCAGGAAUUAGGAGUGUGAGGGAUGAGUUGAGUGUGAAGGUGGCUGAGAAAGGGGAGGAAUUGGAGUUGAAGUUGAAGGAAGUGAGUGGCAGAACUGAAAAUUUGGAGAAGUUGAUGAGUGAAUUUAGAGAGAAAGACUGGGUGUCCAAGGACGAGCUGGAUAAUUUAUUUGAGGAGUAUAGGAAGACUAAAGGUGACACGGAAUUUGAUGAUAAGAGUUUGGAUGAAUUUCGGGCAUAUGCGAGAGAGGUAGUGGAAAAAGAGAUAGAGAAACAUGCUGCUGAUGGAUUAGGGAGGGUGGAUUAUGCAUUGGCUUCGGGUGGUGGUCACGUAGUGAAGCAUUCAGAGCCAUUUAUUACUAAGUCUGGUGGUGGUGAUGUCUGGAGUUUGUUAAACCGGAAUGCAGUUAGUAAUGAUGCUCAGAGGAUUCUUACACCCAGCUUUGGAGAACCUGGUCAGUGUUUUCCCCUUAAAGGGGAUAGGGGGUUUGUCCAGAUCCGGCUCCGGACAUCCAUUAUACCCGAAGCUGUCACCCUGGAACAUGUUGCAAAGAGUGUUGCUUACGAUAGGUCCAGUGCUCCGAAGAACUGCAGGAUAUCCGGAUGGCUUCAUGAUAAAAAAGAGACUGAUCUAGCAGCUGAUAGCGAGAAGAUGUUCCUUUUGACGGAGUUCAUAUAUGAUCUUGACAAGAGCAAUGCUCAGACUUUCAAUGUUUUAGAAUCUGCAGGCUCUAGUGCCAUUGACACAAUCCGGUUUGAUUUUACAUCCAACCAUGGGAUGCCGCACACAUGCAUUUAUAGGUUGAGGGUACAUGGCCGUGAACCAAACUCUUUGGUAAUGCAGUCUUGAUGGUAAAAUAAUUUAAAUUAUUUUGACAUUCCUCUCCUUAACAAUGUAGUGCUUUUGUGUCUCUGGUAGAACUCAAUCCGACGUGUGAGUUGUAAUCUUUUGGCUAAGUAUGGAUUUUAAGAUCCUUCUCCUGUCAUUGACCAGUACUGAGUUGGGGCUAGGUGUAAAAAUGUCUUGUUCCUUUCAGCUACCGAACUGUAAAAUUGAAUGAUUUGAUUCCCUUGUAUCUUUUUUUCUUUUUUCUUUUUUCUUUUUUGGGGAAAUGAGAUUCCCUUGUUAUGGUGAUGUAAAGAUUAUGACAAUCGUGUAAACCCCAUCAUUUUUGUACUUGUUUUCUCGACAAUCUUGCUUUUAGA